AUGACAUCCAGCGAGCCAGUCGUGGGGCAAGCCACCAAGAUACCCAUUCUCCUGCUUAAGACCCGAUCGAGCCCCGGCGAUUCAUACGAAAACCUCUUCUCAGAGUCCGAUGCUAAUGGAAUUGGCUUUGAGCCUGAGUUCGUGCCCGUUCUGCUGCAUCAAUUCCAUGAUGAGGGCAUGAAAGAGGUCGCAGCGCUACUCCGUGGGCGUCGCAUUGGAAACAAGGAACAUCAUGAAUACGGUGGCUUGAUUUUUACCUCACAGCGCGCUGUCGAAGCUUUCGUAAAGCUUGUUGAGGAUGGAAAAGCCGACGACGCCACCAAUUCGACAGGAACAACAUCAUGGCCUCACCUCCAGAACGUCCCCGUUUACAGUGUCGGCCCCGCCACAACCCGCGCCCUUGCCGCCGUUCCCCAGGAUCCUCCUCCUCAAGUCUUCGGUAGCCACACAGGCAACGGCGCCGCGUUGGCCCCCUACAUUCUCGCCCACUACUUCGAAUGGUAUCGCGACCAGAACCGCCCUACCCUCCCCCCAUUGCUAUUCCUUGUUGGGGAGACACGCCGCGACAUUAUCCCCAAGACGCUACAGGACGGCGCGCUGCCCGAUACCGAGCGCAUCCGCGUUACAGAGACGGUCGUUUACGGGACGGGCGUCAUGGAGAGAUUUCCUGUCGAUCUGCGCCGAGUUCUUAGCGAGACGCGGGAUGACCCAGUGCGCUGGAUAGUUGUAUUCUCGCCUACAGGCUGCGAUAGCAUGCUCCGCGUGAUGGGCAUUCUAGACGCUGAGACAAAUAAGGUAUAUAAGGGAUACAAGCGGGAUGGGAAGACCUUUAUUGCGACCAUUGGACCUACGACAAGAGAUCACUUGCUGUCUUUUGGCUUCGAGCCGGAUGUAUGCGCUGAGUCGCCGACGCCGCAGGGUGUAUUGGAAGGAAUAAAGCAGUUUAUGACCACGAGACAGAGAUAA